GCGCCUCUAUCUCAGCCAACAACAGCAGGUCAGCAGCGCAGCUCGUGACUCGCGCCAUCUCUCUCAGUGACAGAUAGCCAUGGCUAGAACUCUUGUUGAAGCGCCCGCUGGCUCGCCAGUGGACUCCCUCAACUCGGACAUGAUCCUCAUCCUCGCUGGUCUGCUCUGCGCGCUCGUCUGCGUCCUCGGCCUCGGCCUCGUCGCACGGUGCGCGUGCUCGCGGCGCUGGACCACAGGGCGGGCAGGCGCUAACAAAGGGGUCAAGAAAGAGGUGCUGCGCUCGCUCCCGACGGUCACGUACGUCUCUGACGGCAGCAAGGCGGCGCCGGAGGGCGCUGAGGCGGACGAGUGCGCCAUCUGCCUCGCGGAGUUCGAGGACGGUCAGGCCAUGCGCGUGCUGCCGCAGUGCGGCCACGGGUUUCACGCCGCCUGCGUCGACACGUGGCUGCACGCGCACUCCUCGUGCCCGUCGUGCCGGAGGGUGCUGGCCGUGGAGCAGCUGCCGCCAGGCGAGAGGUGCCAUCGCUGCGGCGCGCGCCCCGGCGGCAUCGGCUCACUCUGGAAGGCGCCCUGCAACGCCGAGGGGCCGGCGUUCGUAGCGUAGUCGACCUAGUGCCGUGCGCACUAUAGACAGGAACUGACCAAUGUGCAACCUCAUUGGUUAACCAUGUUAUUUUAUUUUCUUGUUUAGCCAUGUAGGUUUCAUUGUUUUUUAGGUGUGAUUAGUGAGUAGUGGCUAGCUGGGACCUGGGAACUGGGAGCAUUGGGGACAAGCAUCAAGAUGUGUCUACCUAAUUGAUGGAUAAAACCUGUCCUUGUAUAUUAUUUGUACACAGUGCAAUGAUAUAAAGCUCGCUGUUAGUUUCAAUUGUGAGAGUCUG